AAGGGAUUGAUUAGUCGGAGAAGACCAAAACGAAAAAGUUCCGAAGAAGAAGAAGAAGAAAAAGAAGAAGAAGGAGAAAAGGAUGAUUUACCGCAAGUGGAGUUUGCUGUCCGGUCCACCUGUUAUCCUCGGCGGAGCCGUAAUUGCCGCCGUCGCCGUCGGAUUCGUCUUGCAAAACGUAACAAAAGGGGAGCAAAAGAAGAAUGUUUCAACAAACAAGUGAGAAAAGACAAUAUGGGAUGAUGCUACAGAAAAAUGUGGUGUGUUAAUCAUGUGAUUUGAAACAUUUAGUUCUUGUAGUAAGGCUCAAUAAUGAUUUUGGAAGCUUUCGAAUACACUGAUCUUUUUGGUGUUUUAGAAUCUUGUUGCCAAUAAUGAUAUUUCAUUUUCCUCA